AUGAAGUUCCUUCUUCCAAGCGGUGCCAUAUGUCUCCUAGCACUUUCCGUCUUAGGCUAUGCCUUAGACCAACACCCGCUUCUCUCUCCCCUCUCCGGCGACUGGCUGGAUGAGCAAUACACCAUCGCUAUGGACGGCAUCCUCAGCAACAUCAGCCCCGAGGACACCCUCAAAGGGACGGUGGUAGCUAGCCCCAGUGAACAGCAUCCGAAUUACUGGUACCACUGGACGAGGGAUGCGGCGAUCACCAUGGAGGUUAUCGUGCAGCUGUACAACAACACUGCUACUCAAGCCGACAAGGCUGGGUGGGAACAGCUGCUGCUCGAUUACGUGGAGCAUGAGUGGAUUGUUCAGCAAACCAACAAUCCCAGUGGAUCAUCCGAUGGAGACGGUUUAGGAGAACCAAAGUUCCAGGUGGACGGGACACCCUUUACUGGUCCCUGGGCCAGACCUCAAAACGACGGACCAGCCCUCCGUGCCCUGACCCUCACUCACUUCGCAAACGCCUACCUGCACCACAACACCCACUCCUCGGCUGCCUACGACUACGUGCACAGAUACCUCUACGACGGACUCCUCCCCACUAACUCUGUGAUCAAAGCAGACCUAGAGUACGUCGCCACAAGUAUCUUCGAACCAUCCUACGACCCAUGGGAAGAAGUCCAGGCGGAGAACAACUUUUUCGUCACGCUCGUUAGUGCAGCGGCGUUGAAGGAGGGUGCAAACUUGGCGGAGUCGUUGGGGGAUGAGGGUGCGGCGUCCUGGUAUCGGCUCGGUGCUGAGAAGUAUGAAGAUCAGGUGCGGGGCCUGUGGGAUGGUGAACGGAUAGUUUGGAAUGGCACGAAGAGUCGUACAGGUGGUAUUGAUUGGAAGGUCUCGAACCUCGAUACGGCGGUUCUGCUGGCGUCUUUGUAUGCUGAUCUUCCGGAGUUUUCACCGUAUACACCGGGAAUCCUUUCAACAGCCCACGCUCUCAACACGACCUUCGCAGCCGAGUACGCUAUCAACGCUGGCGAGCGGUAUCCACUCCUGGGAAGGUAUGGCGAAGACAGAUAUGACGGGUACGACCUAAGCGAGGGAAACCCGUGGUUCCUCUGCACGAUGGCCUGGAGCGAAGCUAUGUACGCAACCGUAUAUUAUUACCUGCAGAAGGGCUCGAGAAUCGACACUGAGGCAGCACCCGGGUUCUGGGGUGCCUAUCUUCCUCUCAACGACUCCACUUCCCUGCUUGACUCAUACAGUGGGGCGUGGAAUGAAAUGUUGUGCGAGCUCCUUCGGGAUGGGGAUGAGAGGCUUGAGCACAUCAAGAAACACCGCGGACAGGACAAAGAGGAGUUCGGCUUCAUGAGCGAGCAGAUUGAUAGGGAAACCGGCUACAUGGUCGGUGCAAAGGAACUAACCUGGAGUUACGUUCAGUUCGUGAGAACGAAGUGGAGCCGUGACAGAGUCAUGGAAGAAGCAGAGCACAGAGGAUUAGCGUGUGACUGA